AUGUGUUUCGUGAUGUAGUGUUUUGAUGUACGUUCAUAACUCGCUUGCGACAAAUGUUGGCUGUAAAAGAUAAACUUGAACAGAGCUUGGAGCUCCUCAAAAAAUAUGAGUGGUUGUUGGAUGCCUAUGUUCUGGACUUUUUCCUGGACAACCAUUGGAAAAAGCUUCCAAAAAACUGGCGUCAGUACUUGGAAAAAAUUCCCUUGGAGAGUCUCGGAGAGCUGCUCCAAAACGAGGAUCAAAACCACCAACUCAAUUGGCCAGAGGAGAUAAUGGAAUUGCAAAAGAAGCUACGGGAGCUCUGCCUCACUCGUGAGCCUGCGAGCCAACCCAAAGACUCUUUUCACUGCUUACUACUGGAUCAUCCCAAGCUAAAGCACAUGUUCCUAAAACGGGUGAAACCAAAAAAGCAACAUGAAAUCACUCGCAUGGCUGAGAUUUGUGGAAUUAGCUGUCGACAGACGCCUGUUGACUUUAUUGUGGAUUUUGGAGCGGGCGUGGGUCACCUGGCACGCAUCCUGGGAUACGGCUAUGGACUGCAAGUGUGCUGCUUUGAGAUGCAGCCCGAUCUCAACCUGCAGGCGAGGGAAAUAGAUUUAAAACUGGAGUCCAUGGCAGCAAAGCAUCUGAAGUCCAAUGAAGCCAGCCACUUUCGGCGACCAGUGCAUCUUACCCAGCGCUUAGAGAGCAACACCCAGCCAGAGCAGUUCCUCUCCAGCAUCCGAGAUGCUCUGCAGCUGGACGACGAUAACUUUCGCUUUGGUAUUAUCGGUCUGCAUCCGUGUGGCAACCUGGGACCGACAUUGAUGCGUAUGUUUCUCAGCUGUCCGCAAGCUAGGUUUCUCAACUUUGUGGGUUGCUGCUACCAAAAGAUGACCACUCAGGCCACGCAUCCCCGGGAAUCGGUGCAUGGCUACCCACUGAGCAGGUUCCUAAGAGGCCACACAGGAUGUCAGCUCAGCUACGAGGCUCGUGAGAUCUCCUGUCACGCCUCCGAGGUGUACCAUGAUCGCCUGCGAACUGGAAACUACGAACACCUCCGCAUACACUCCUUAAGAGCCGCCGCCGAGCGAAUAAUUGUGGAGCAGUUUCCAGACCUCAAACACUGUGCUUUGAGAAAUGUGAAGCACUCACCUGGCAUGACUUUUCACCAAUAUUUUCAGAAAGCCGUGCAGGGAACUCGCUUCGAAGCUCUCGACAGUAGGAUUCUAAGUAACGAGCAGACGGAAGCAGACCUGGCCAACUGGCAGCAAAUAGUUUACUUUUACACGCUACGAUUAAUGAUGGCACCUUUGGUCGAGAGCAUUAUUCUUUAUGAUCGAAGCCUUUUUCUCACGGAGAAUGACUGCCAAGUCCAGAUCGAGGCCUUAUUUGAUCCCCGCCUCUCGCCCAGAAACCACAUUACCAGGGCUGUGAAACCCGAACUCUGAUAACGGAAAAAUUUCCCUAAUCUGACCAUA